AUGGCGGCACAGAUGCCAGUUCCGUCAGGAUGCCCAACAGCCGUGGCCACUUUUGCUGACACCCCGCGAAACCAACUGCAUUCUUCCCAGCAGCCUGCAGCAACAACUACUGGCCGAAUAUUCAAGGAAACACAGGGGCUUUUGACGCAAGGGUCCUUACUCCUUCCUUGUGCACCAUCCGCAUUCUCCUCCACUGGAUGCUUGAGUCAGCCCAUCGAACCCUCGCUAACACCCGUGCAGCCUCACUGGCUAGGGCCAUAUCAUCCCCCCCUUCAAGGCAUUUCUGAUCGUCCUCCCUCCCUGGAUGUAGUUCGCAAUUUGCUAGGUGCCCCUCAGGCAACUCGGGAGGGGCAGCCAAAGGCCCCUUCCUUUGCGACUCCAGGAUCAUCCAGUGAGCGGGCAAUAAUUGGCGGGAAGCCGCAGCGCGCGCUGAACAGCGUGGCUCUGCUCCGCGGCAGCGGAAGGCCCCUUAUUUUGGAGCUGAAGCACUCACUAAACGUGGUUCAGCAGACUGCCGCUACCGCUGGAGAAGAGCCGCAGAGUCAGGGGGCAGCGGAGGGAUUAAUGGCAGGACCUGCACUAUUCAACAACAAGCUCAAGAAGCGCAUCGGCGCCAGCACAGUAGCUGAGCUCAAGAAAAGACUGCUUCUGAUGCCGCAGGUGGAGGAUAUCGUCGAGGCUGCGGUGAUCCCCGAAGACUCUGCUUUCAACCACCAGGAGUCUGAGGAAAGACCAACGUAUGUUAGUUCCGAACAUUAUGUGUUUGGUGCUGCGCCAGUUCGCCUUCGCGCGGCCUGUGACGGAGUAGAGGUUCUGGCUAAGAUGUAUUUCCACAUGAAGAAACUCGCAUGGCGAGCUGAACUCCUGCUUUAUGGAUAUGAACGAGCUCGCUUAAUGUGCGAGUGGGCUCGCAACUUUGUCAUGCGGACGGCUACUCUCCCCGGCGACGAUGACACAAGGGAUGCCUUGACAGUAUUGAUGGAUUUCAAGCUCCCCAGUGAUAAUGACGGCUCUGCCGUGCCGGACCUUGUCGAUUGGCUGGUUACCUUCCCCCCCAAAGCGCCUAAGCUGGUUUAUCGCAUGCUGUCUGAAGAGGAGACUGCUGCCUUUAAGCGCCAGAAAAAGCUUGAAAGAUCAGCUGCGAAAAAGGAGCACCAGCCGGACGCUGAAUGGCCUCUCACCUCUGGAGCAGACGGGGGGCGGGAAGGGCAGAGAACUGAUCGCGAGAUGAACUCCCAACCUCACGCGGCAGACGCAACGCUCCUGCAGGAGUCCGAAGAAACGCGUGAGGAUAAGCGUACAGUAGUGUCGGCUCCGGAGCUCGUUGUAAACUUGGAUUCCCCGCAAACGAUGGAGUCAGAAGCAAAGACAGAGGCUUCAGCGGGGGGGGAACUUCUGGCAGCACCAACAACGGCAACUGCCGUGGCGGGGCAAGCAUGCGCGGACUGCGAGGCUGGAGGGUAUGCAGACGUUCUCUGCGAGGAAGCUACAGGAAAUUCAGGAUGCUGUUCAAGCAGCUCUCGCUUUCUUCAAGCCGGGAGCGACCAGGAGGCGAUUGCUGCACAGGCCCUUGUCCAUUCAGAAGGGCAUCCUUCUGCGCCAAGUCAAGCGACCAUUGGAGGCGAAGAUCCCGUAAGCUCGGAUGCGCUCUGGAAGAAGGUCUUUCCGGAGCUGGCCCUCCUGCCUGUGCUAGUUGCAGCUCAGAUGAGAAGGAAACGCAGAAGAGUUGGCAAAAAACCUCACAGUGUGCAGAAUGCCAAGGAAAUGAAACAGCAGCAUAUGUUGGCACGCCUCUUCUUGAAGCACGUCAUUGAGAAAAACAGACAAAUCCAUGAGAGCGACGGCGAAGGACUUUCCGACGAAGAGCCAGGCAAGUUGCCCCAGUGGGUUAAAAGCUUGAACGGAGCACAGCACUCAGCGAACUCGCCGACCCCUCCACGGCUGCAAGAGGCCAUUGCUCGCAAAGAACCUCUGUCCACGCCAUACAGCCCCUAUCUGUCACCGAAACAACAAACGCUCCUAAUGAAAGAGCCUUUACGGCGUUUCAUCGGGAGUUUCGGGCCGAAUAAAGGGGAAGAGUGGCCCUUAGUGCAUCGCGCGGAGGAGCACCAAGCGUCCGACAGGCUCCAAACGACAAAGUCUAUGGAAACACGAACCGGCCAAACAGAUACCCACUCCACCCGUUCGGUGAACUCCGAGGUAGCACAGCAGCAACGGCGAGAUAAACAAGCGCCUUGCAAGCUGCAAGAAGAGCAUGGAUUGCGGCAGCAGUCGUCGCCUCUUCACGUUCCUCGGCCCCCUUCACGGGAAGCGGAGAAGCACCCGUCGAGUGCCCCUGCUCCGCCGAGUUCGCUGCCUAAGGAGGCUCAGGAGAGCCAAUCGACCGACGCGCUUCCCUUGUCUCUGCAACCUGGAGUCCAGCAUGGUUUGUGGAAUGCUGCAAUCGAGCGGAGCGAGGGCUCAAUAGACCUCAAAAACAACCCCUACAAUGGCAAGUAUUAUGCGUCGCACAGCGACGAGUAUCACGUCGCACUACGUUGCGAACCUGAGAAACAUCGAAAUCUGGCAGCCCCAACUCUUCUUGUUAGCCAUAGCCAAGGUCUCCAGCCUCUGCACGUUCCGAGCAGCAGGCCCUUUCUAUGCAUUGAAGCCCCCCCCAACUCUGCCAGCGUUUUUCUGGGGGAUAUCCCGAGUGGUGAAGGCGGAUGCAAACAUCUUGCUGCUUCAGUCCUCCAAGGGCGGCCUACUUCUGAAAGCUGGCAGGAAGAUUUGGAAGAACAUAUAGGGCCGACAAUCUCCAGCGCCAGCAAGGAUAUCUUAGGCCUUGAGGGACUGCUACACUACCGCCAGCCAAAUCAAGCCUAUGUCUUUCAAAGGUCAGGCUUCCGCACGCAUCUCCCGUGUGGUGUAAGGAGUGACGCAUUCAAUGUGGAGAAGCUCAUGAGCUGCAGUCGGACUCCACACGACGGUCUGCAGGCUUGCAACCCGGCCGAACACAUGGACUUCAACUUGGUCGACUGUGCACUUGUCUUAGGCAGUCCUGCAGCAACAUCUGUUGCAGCGCCACAUGCAGCCCCUUCAGGGGACAGUAACUAG